CACACUUUUUAUUUUUAUUCUUUCUCUGGUCCAAAAUUUCCGGGAGAAAAAACAGAAACAGCCAUGCUUGAUCCAGCAAGACAUCAACCCGCAAAUUCUAGUCAGUCACCGAACAGAACCGGAAGUAGUAUCCAUGGUUAUGGCAGAUGGGAAGAUAGAAGGAGCUCUGGUUUCUGGGCUUCAAAACAAGUGGAUGACGACGACAACGACUCUGGUAUUUGUUCGCCGCCUUUGUGGAAGACGAGCCCAACCAGAAGCCCACAAUUUGACAAAAACUACUAUCAAAGCCUGUCGCCUUCGUCAAGAACACAAGCCAUUGCCAGAGGCCAAAGGGAGCUCAUGGAAAUGGUUCGGAAUAUGCCCGAGUCAACCUACGAGCUCACCCUGAAAGAUCUGGUGGAGAAGCCCACGCUUCAAGCCGGUGAAGAAAAUGAGAAAGAAGAGAAGAAUUUAAUCAACAAAAACGCCUACAGGAGGGAAGGAAGUGGGAGUAGCAGUGGUAGAAAGGUUGAUCAGAAGGCGGCGGCGAUGAGAAGUGGAAAGAUUCAGAGUGGAGGGUUCUAUUUGAAGAUGAUGAUGUUUCCUCCAUCUCUGGGAUCGACGACGAAGAAGAAGAAGAAGAAGAGCGAGUCAUCGGGAAACGAAGGUUCAAAGGCGACUCUGAGACCAUCGAUAUCUGAAGGAUCUUUGAAAGGUAUUGUGGAUAAGGAGUGGUGGAAGAAGAGCCCUUCAGCAGCUUCCGGGGAUAGUGAAAGUGGCGCAACCAGUAUCAACAGCGGAAGCACUAAAAGCUCAGGCAGCAGUAGCAGCGGCAGCAGCAGAAACAGCAGCAGGAGAGAGAGGAGCGUGGGCAGUUGCUGGUUUCUGAUUGGCAAACCCAAAAGGCUAACGCGGAAAUAAGGGAUAUGGCAUCCAUCAGAUGGAAAAGAAGCUCGGCCGUGCCCAUACAGACGCAGCAAAUUACAAAGUGAACAGUAUGCUUUGCUUUUUAAUUUCACAAACACAGCCUUAACAAAGCAGUUUUUUCCCCUUAAUACAUACAUACAUAUAUAUGUGUGUGUGUGUAUAUUUAUGUAUCAGUACUAUCUCCUGAAAUAUGAAGCUCCGAGGUCCAAACAGCAAGUUUUUAUGAUGAGGAAGCCAACAUGCGCGAAACAGAAGUUCGCUCACUUUGUUGAUUGAUUCCGCGAUAAGAAUUCUUAACACCGACUUCUCUCUCUGGCCAAA